AUGUGUAACUUCGUCCCCAUGCUGUACAGAGGAAAAAAAUAAAAUAAAUAAGCAGCAGAAACUCUAAAAAAGAAAAGAAAAUUCUACAAGGAAUAGCAUUCUUCUAAUUGAAAAUGUGAGAAAAUUCUAGGAGGAAUAUCACUCUUCUAGGUGAAAACAAAUGUGAGAAACUACUAACUAGCCAUGGUCAAUUCACCUUCCAAGGGAGACCCAAAGACACCUUAAGUCCUCUUUCCUUGCACUUUCCUACAGGAGAAUAAACCACGUGGCUACUCUAGAGACAGGACAAGGUGUUAGCGGGAACAUCAAAUGCUAAGACAGCCAUGGAGCCUUCAGUAUAAAAACUGGAAGCUCCUGAAAGGAUUGUUAUGGGGGGAAGAAAUCAGGUCAAAUAUUGAAAAGUCUUGGUUUGUAUUCUCAGUUCUGCCACUAACACACUGUGUCACCUCAACCAAACUCAAUUCUCUAUUUUGAAAAAUGGUACAAUGCAACCUAUAGAUUCCCUGCGCUUCCACAAAUUUCAGUAUUUUCAACAUGUGUUUAUGGAGAACCUUCUAUGGCCCUAACUCACCGGCUGGUGGCAAAGACUAUGCUGGGUCCCACAUCUCUUACUUUCAAUUCCAGGCACUCUCACUCUCAGUGUUGCUCACAGUUACCUUCUGAUACGUGGAGACCUUGUGCAAUAUACCAGUAGCUCCUCACUGCAGUAAGAUUCUCAUUUAGUCAGUCUGGAGUGGACCCUACCAACCUGCAUUUUUCAGCUGGGGGUCCAAGGCAGUUAUAGUCUCAUACGAUUUGAGAAAUGGUACAUUAUAUCCUGCUAAACUAUACAAGGAAACUCAAUUUUCUCUCCUCUUUUCAUUCUCUUUCUACGUGUUAGAAUGGGUAAAAUAUUUGAAAGACAUUUUUGAUGGAUACAAUUUCCCCUAGCCAAAAUGUCGACACAUUUACAGAAUAUUAACACUAAUUUCAAUUAGAAUCAGAAAAUAUUUCCAAACAUUGCAGGCUAACCUCUAUUUUCUUUAGAAAAUAGAUCUAUUCAUAUUUUGCUGUGUGUCCCUGGAAAUGAAAACAAGUCUAUCUCAAUUUGUGCAGUUAAUGAGAAUUAAAUACAAAAAAUGUUCAUUUGCAUAUUUCACCCUACUAGAUCAUAUUCCCCUUAAAAACAAGGCUUUAUCUUUCUUAUCUGAUUAUAUCUCAGAGCAGUGCAUACAAGAUGGCUAGAUAGAUAGAUAGAUAGAGGUGGAUGGUGGAUGAAUAACGGAUGGGCAGAUGGAAAUACAGCUUCUUUAAAUGAGUAAAUAUGUGAGUUAGUGAUUUCUGCCCCCUGGUCACCAUUAGAAAUUGCUGCCAGAGUUAAAAAAUAUUCACAAGAGCUCAGAAAAAAAAUUAUGUAAUUUUAAUUGUUUAGUAAACUAGAAAAGUGAAAAUAUGACGACAUCACUACACAGGAACACUUUAAUAUGUCUCCCACUCCUCCUCCUCCCCCAAAAGCCUUGCAACAAGUUGACUUACCAGGACUACCCACGUGUGGUAAAAAGAUCUGUGCCACCAACACAUCACUCACACACUGCUCCACAAUCGAGGUGUCACAUGCGGUCCCCUCAGUGUUCCACUGGGAGGUAUUUUGGGGGCAGCUAACUGAGAGGGGGCUUCCAGAGGUGACGGAGAAGGUGAGACAUAUGAGGUCACAGAGCCACUGCCUCCCCCUUUCAAGAGAAACCACUCUGCUCUAUUUAUUUCAGAAUCCAGAGGAAGUUGACAAAGUGUGACAGCAGCACAGCACAACAUGUGGUGGCGAGUCUGCAGCUUACUGGCUUGGUUCCCCUUACAAGAGGCCUUUCGGACCAACCACCAGGAAACCAUCACUGUGGAGGAAGGCCAGAGGCUCACUCUAAACUGCUCUGUUGCUCAGACAGAGAACACCUUCCUGCAGUGGCUGGACCCAUCAGGGUUCACCAUUUAUUUCAAUGAGCAUCCUGCUUUAAAAAAUUCCAAAUACCAGCUGCUUCAUCAUUCCUCCAAUGAGCUUUCCAUCAUCGUACGGAAUGUAACCCAGCAAGAUGAAGGCGUGUACAAGUGUCUGCAUUAUAGCAGCUCUGUGAGAACAAAGGAAGUGAAAGUGAUUGUGAUAGAAACUCCUGUCAUGCCAACCCUAGAAGUUUCGGUUAUCAGAAGGCAAGAUGGAGAACAUGUUAUACUGAAAUGCUCCACCGUGAGAAGUAAGCCCCCUCCACAGAUAACCUGGCUCUUAGGAGAUGACAUGGAGCUCUAUGGUGAAACCCGCCAUGAAUUUGAAACCGAUGGGAAGAAGUGCAAUACCACCAGCACACUCAGAGUCCACACGUACGGCAAAAACUCAACAGUGGACUGCAUUAUCCGACACAAAGGCAUGCCUGGAAGAAAACUGGUGGCACCUUUCCGGUUUGAAGAUUUAGUUACUGAUCAACAGACAGCUUCAGAUGCCUUGAGGACAAGCCCUCUAUCCUCUCAAGACCCUCAGCAACCCACUAGUACCGUUGCAGUAGUGGAAGAGUCUAGGACAUCAGAGAUUGACAAGGAAGAGGAAGAACAAACCACUCAAGGCUCUUACUUCAUCACUGAAGCAAAUCGUCAGUACGUGGGGUUGACAAGGAAGAAGAGCGGCAUCUUGCUGCUGACUCUGGUGUCCUUCCUCAUCUUCAUACUCUUCAUCAUCGUCCAGCUCUUCAUCAUGAAGCUGCGGAAAGCACACGUGAUUUGGAAGAAAGAAAAUGAAAUUUCAGAAUACACUCUAGAAAGUUACAGAUCGAGGUCAAAUAAUGAAGAAACAUCUUCCCAAGAGAAAAAUGGCCACACUUGCCACUCAAAGAGCUGCAUGAACUAUAUCACACAACUGUACUCAGAAGCAAAAACAAAGACGAAGGGAAAAGCACAAGCUUCAAAAUUGAAAGGAGAGCCCACUCCUAUGCCAGAGAGCAUCGUGUAGUGCUCCUUGCAAGAGAAAAUGCACUUUCAAGGCAGCCUCAUCAUCAUUAAAGUGGAGCAGGCUGUGGGAAGGAACAUAAUUACUGUAACAUGACAAAUGUACUUUGAGUGCAAUGCAAGGUCGUUGGCGUCCUCUGACAACAGUCUGCCUCCGUCUUAGAGGAACAGAUGAGAACCAACCCACGGACAUAAAGUUUUAUAGUUUAAAAGAAAAAGAAAGAAAGAACUUAUUACGUCUGACACUACUUCCGAGGUGGAGGAUUCUGCUAAGCUUUGGGAUCGGGGUCCAUGUGACCAGCUAACAUCUUGCUAUAAAGGCAACAAGAGAUUUUAGAUGCUGGGCUCUAGUCAAACUACUUAAAAAAUUUUUUUUAAAUCUUUCUUUCUGGUUUCCAAAUAAAGAACUUUGGGAUGAAAAGGACCUGAAGAAUGUCUCUAAACCUAGGAGCUCACUUUGAAGGAGGACUUUAAGAAGCUGGAGCCAGGAGUUCCCAUUGUGGUUCAACCCAUAAAUGAACGCAACCAGUAUCCAUGAGGAUGCAGAUUUGAUCCCUGGCCUCACUCAGUGGGUUAAGGAUCCAGGCAUUGCCAUGAGCUACAGUGUAGGUCACAGAUGCAGCUUGGAUCCGGCGUUGCUGUGGCUGUGGUGUAGGCCUGCAGCUGCAGCUCCGAUUUGACCCUUAGCCUAGGAACUUCCAUAUGCUACAGGUGCAGCCCUAAAAGGAAAAAAAAAUCUGGAACCAGCACAUUCCAUCAGGAAGAAGCUGUGCAGAACAAUGAAUGAGUCAGAUGAGCAUGAGGCUCCCAAAAUUCAUGCCCUAAGACAUCAUGUGUUAGUUCAAGGUAGGCCCAAAGAUUCCAUUUCCUUAGAAUUUUCUGGCUAAAUCACAAGCAUUGACCUGACAGAAAAUAUUUUUACCAGGACAGUUCAUUACAAAAUCAUGUACAAAAGAAAACAUUGAGUUUAAUUUCCUGAUUACUGACCUAAUGGAGCCUUUGUAAAAAUUAUUUAAUGAAGAGCAGAAUAUAUAUUUGUAUUUCUAGUGGCUGUUCCCUGUGGUACUUCUUCCUUUCACUUUCACAUAUGAAAGUGACAUGUGACAUGUCUUUUUAUUCUGACACUGAUUUAUGAUUUAUGACAUUUCUCAUCCUCUGGAUCUCAAUAAACUAAUUAUAAAAUAA